AUGAGCGGCCCCAUCGCCUCCGCCGUCGUGCUGCCCGACGCCGACGACGCGCCGCCGCACCCCUCCCCGCCCGCGUCCACAGCGACAAAGCGCCCGCGCCCCACCAGCACGUCCCCGCCGCCCGCGCCCCCGAAGCGCAGAGAACGCGGCCGCGAGCGCCGCCUCUUCGGCGCCGUGCUCGGCGCGCUGGCCCAGAACCCCUCGUCCGCGGGCCAGCAGCGCCGCGCGGAGAUCGAGAAGCGGCAGUUUGCGCAGCGGCGCCACGACGACGCGGAGAGUGCGGCGCGCAAGGCGGAGCGGCUGGCGGCGCGCGCGGUGCAACGCGGGGUCGAGACGAGGCGCUUUGAGCGGCUGGCGAUCAAAGCAAGACACGAGAGCUUGCUGCUCCAGGCGCGGUUUCUGUGCACCAAGGCCGAGCCGCGGUUGUAUUAUCGGCCGUGGGAGAUUAGUAAGGAGGAGGAGGCGUGUGUCGAGGCGCAGGUGGCGGAGGCGCGGGAGGUGGUGCGGCGCGAGAGGGAGGAGUUUGAGGCGCGCGAGGAGGCCGAGCGGGCGCGGGAGAAGCGCGCGAGCCCGGAUGAGUGGACGUAUCGGGGGGCCAAUGUGGGAGACGCGGCGCCUGCGAGAGAGGCGGCACACGGGGCGGACGCUCCUAUGCAAGACCAGGAGAUGCGCGACGACGCAGAGCCCGCGGCACCACAGCCUGCAGACACGGACAUGACGGCGGAACCCGACGCUGCCGACGAGCCCACCAAGGACGCGGACGAGGAAGUCGUCGAGGCUGCUGAGGAUACUGUUAUUUACUAGACGCCCUAGUAGCUGACAUUAACGUUGGACGAUAUCCUAGAACGAUAUCCUAGAACGAUAUCCUAGGUAAUAUCUGGA